GGACUGGGAGACAUGGCAGAAGCAGAAAUCCUAGAGCUUUUCGAGCUCCGUUAUUCAGAUCUGAAGCUCUUAGCUUCAUCUUCAUCUUCAUCUUCAUCUUCGAAAGAAGACGUAGAGAGGCUGGAAACAAUAAGGGCAAAUAUAAUGGAAAGUCUGGGCCCGAGAGGCCCAGGUCUGCUCUCAAUCACUGGUGUCCCAAAAGCUUCUAAUCUUCGGCGAAACCUCCUCCCGCUCGCUCGGAAGCUCGCCCUUCUCAACCCAGAUCAUCGCAAACGCAUUUUUAAGGAUCAUAACUUGGGUAGUGAUGUUCCUUUGAAGAAUCCAGAAAGGAAUGUGUCAUCUUUCGCUAUGCAACUUAGAUAUGAACAAGGCGGGGAAUUGGAUAAUUUAAAGAGUUCAGACCAAGAUUUACCAGAUGAUGAAUUUAAGAAUCUUGGCAAUACUUUCAAGGAGCUGGGAUUUUGUAUGAUGGAGCUGGGGCUCUGUCUUGCACAAAUAUGUGAUAAGGCCAUUGGUGGCCAAGAGCUUGAGCACAGUUUGUUGGAAUCGUGCACGGCGAAAGGGCGCCUUAUACAUUAUCAUUCAAUACUGGAUAACAUUGUUUUAAAAGAAGCUGGUAGAAAAAGCGGAAGCUCAAGAAGACAGGCUAAUCGGAAAAACGAUCUGGUGGACUGCAUAACAGGUGAGAAAAAACAGAGAGAACACACUAAUGUGGAUGUAAACAGUGAUGGGGUUGGACUUUUUGGAACUCAUUCCAACCUGUGGCAGCAGUGGCAUUAUGAUUACGGUAUCUUCACUGUGUUGACGGACCCCUUAUUUAUUUUGUCCUCUUAUUUACCGGAAAAUACAGAGAAAGAGCAAUACACAUUAUCUUGUGAUAAAGAAAGCCCUUCUCCAAGUGGUCAUACAUGUUUACAAAUUUUCGAUCCCAGCAAGAAUAAGGUUCGGAUGGUGAAGUCUUCUUCUGAAAGUUUCAUCAUUCAGGUUGGAGAAUCAGCUGAUAUCUUGACCAAGGGGAGGCUUCGCUCUACCCUUCACUGUGUUUGUAGGCCAGCAAAGUUAGAAAAUUUAAGCAGGGAAACUUUUGUUAUGUUUUUGCAACCUGCAUGGAGCAAAACCUUCUCAAUGUCAGAUUAUCCUACACAAAACUGCAACUUAGAUGGUCAGUGCUCUGGAGUACCAGAUGAUAAAAGAAACGUUGCCGAGCAGGAUGGGAUUAGAUUGACUGAAGAAAUUCGUAAAAUCAUUCCACCACUCUCGUUGAGAUUGAAGGAUGGGAUGACUUUUGCGGAUUUCUCAUGUGAAACUACCAAGCAGUAUUAUGGUGGUGGUGGUGGUUUACAAUCUAAUAGAUGAAAUAGCUCCUUGUAUUUUAAUAGUCUGUAUUGGUGCAAUUUUUGGUAAGAGCCUUUAUGACAUCUAUCCUCUGAUCAUAUUGCUUGGUACUAUCUUUGAAUCAGUUUUUCAAAAACAUCACAUUCUUGUCCUUAAUCGCAUUCAAUCAUAUAUUCUUCAUUUGUCUUUAGCUGCAUCAUUGUCCCGGAAGGUCCUUGCAUUUUUAUAACAUGCUUUUGUCAUUAAGAAGUAUGAAAUUUAAGCUGCCUAUAUAAUCUACGUUUCAGUCUUAAAGUAAUUGCAUCAAACAUAUAGAUUUUUGGGGAGGCUAAUUGCGAAUAUUGUUUGUUAAUGGAGCUUCUAAGUGCUUAAGACGUGAUUCUCAAAUAUGUAAUUGCUCUACCGUACAGUUUUCUAGCAUUUUUGUUG